ACAGUAUCUUUGUACGUGAGAAAUAUAUACAUUAUUCAUACACAUAUAGAUAUAGAAGAGAUACAUAGGGGGAGAGAGAGAGAGGGACAAAAGCUAUCACUUUCCCAAGAAAUCUCACAUUUUUUUUGCUCAAUCUUAUUGCUUUUAAAUCUUUAACAAAACCCAUAUUUUUAUUUUUACAAAACCCCAUUAUUUUCUGAUGGGUCAAUAUUGCUGGAAAAGAUGAAGAUCACCGGAAAAACCGAUUUACCGGCUAUCAUUUCAUCAAAAGUUUUGAACUUUAACCCAGAUUCGGAUCUUUUACAGAAACCCAUUUUGAAAAUACAAAAUAGCCGGAAAAUCCGGAACUCCGGCAGUGGGGUCCGGGUAAAAAGAGACGGCGUGAAAAAGGGGUCUCGGCCGGAGACACCGUUGCUCCGGUGGAAGUUUGGUAAAGAUGAUGAGGGUGAGAAAGAUAUUGAAGUUGAAAGUGAAAAGAUGCCGGAUUCUGGCCGGAAAAAUGGCCGGAAAGUGAGAAGAGGGAAAGAUUUGACCGGAACUGUGUCGGCUAGGAAGUUGGCUGCUGGACUGUGGCGAUUGCAGCUCCCGGAAGCUAUUGUUGCCGGCGGUCCUGGCGGCGGCGGCGGCGGUGGCGAGUUGUGUAAUGUUCCAAAGAAUAAUGGGUUUGUAUUUCAGCCUGCUAUCGAUCAUUCGGGGAUCCAUUCUCCUGCCCGUCAUAACAGGAAAUCAUUUGAUUCUCAUAUGAAAGAAGUGCCACAGAGCCCUAAUUCUGUUACCGGAUCAAGAAAUAAGUUCCUUCACAAGCUUGAGCCAACGUUCCAUUUUUCCAACUCUGCUAUGGAAGGGGCAACAAAGUGGGACCCAGCAUCGUGGAAAGCAUCUGAAGACGUAAGACAUAUCUAUGGUGAGUCAAAGCAUCUGGAGGCGCAAGUAGGAGCUGUGUCAAUGGUGUCGGUGCUUGAAUCAGAACUUGAAACGGCUCGAGCUCGUAUUAAUGAUCUUGAAAACGAACGGCGUUCAUCAAAAAAGAAACUGGAACAGUUUUUAAAGAAGCUCAAUGAAGAACGAGCCUCGUGGAGGAGUCGAGAACACGAAAAGAUCCGUGCAGUUAUUGAUGACAUAAAAGGUGAGUUAAAUAGAGAGAGAAAAAACAGACAAAGAAUGGAAAUAGUGAAUUCAAAGUUGGUCAAUGAGUUGGCCGAUGCCAAGUUAUCAGCCAAACGUUUCAUGCAAGAUUAUGAAAAGGAACGAAAAGCAAGAGAAUUGAUCGAGGAGGUAUGUGAUGAGUUAGCUAAAGAAAUAGGUGAAGAUAAAGCGGAAGUGGAAGCUUUAAAACGGGAGUCCAUGAAAAUGAGGGAAGAAGUUGAUGAUGAGAGGAAAAUGUUACAAAUGGCUGAAGUUUGGCGUGAAGAACGUGUGCAAAUGAAGCUCAUUGAUGCAAAAGUGACACUUGAAGACAAAUUUAGUUAUAUGAACAAGCUCAUAAUGGAUCUUGAAACUUUCUUGGGUUCAAAAAGCACGAAUCUUGAUAUAGAAGAGAUAAAACGGGCUGAGACCCUUAAACAGUGUGCCAAUUCAGUUAAUAUUCAAGAGAUUAGUGAGUUUAAAUAUGAGCCCGCAAACCCGGAUGACAUAUUUUCAGUUUUUGAAGAGGUUAAUUUUGGGGAAAUGAAUGGGAAGGAGAUUGAAAAAGAUGAUAACCAUAGACAUUCUUCUGGUUAUUAUGAUCAAAAUGGUGCUGUUGAAGAUGAAGACGACGAGGAUGAUGAGAGCGGGUGGGAAACUGUGAGCCAUGUUGAGGAUCAGGGUUCAAAUUAUUCAGCCAAUGAGAGUGAUCCAUCUGUCACAAACCAUCACCAAAGAGAAUGGGAAGAAAAUGACGGGACCCCAAUUACCGAAAUAACCGAAGUAUGUGCGGUACCUAGUAAACAUCCCAAAAAGGGAUCUUCGAUAUCUCGUUUAUGGAGAUCAUCCUAUUCUGGUGAAAAUUGCAAGAUAAUAUCAGUGGAAGGGUUAAACGGGCGUCUUUCAAAUGGAACCCACCUUUCCAAUGUGACCCACCUUUCACCUGACCGGUUCUCGGGGGCUAGUGCCUCCGACUGGAGUUGUUCACCCGGGUCAGGCAGCAACCCACACAUUACAAAAGGGAUGAAGGGGUGCAUCGAAUGGCCACGUGGUGUUAUGCAGAAAAACAGUUUAAAAGCAAAACUUUUGGAAGCAAGAAUGGAAAGUCAAAAGAUACAGUUGCGCCAAGUCUUAAAGCAGAAGAUAUGAAGGUAAAACACGAGUUAGUGUGAAUAAAAUGUGUACAAGUUUUCGCAUGCCUGAGCUCGUGUUUUGAAUAAUGAUCGCGGAGGAAGGAGGAGGUAUGAUUUGGGUUAUUAUUGGUAAUCUUUGCAGGUGAUUCUUGGAGAAGAAGUGUACAAUUUUCAAUCAUGAGCAUCCAUUUUGUGGGAAGAUUAAUUCAUGCUCAAGAAGCUGCAAUAUUGUUUUUUACUUUCUUCCUGUUGUAGGAUAUUAUAAUGUGACAUAUUAAAUCAAAUUGGGACCUUUAUCGUUUUAGCAA